CGCGAAGAAGUUGCACACUAUUGUUCCGAAAAUACUCAUAUUCAAUUGUUUACGGAAAGAAAAAAAAACACGAACGGUUCACAUACUAGCUGACUUGGCAUUUGGUAAGUUUUAUUAAUAAAAGACGAGUAUACAUAGCGUUCAGUCUUCUCCGAGGUGUUAUUCGCGGUUGUGAUGCAUUUCUGAAUCAUGGCUCGUAAAUACAAAAUUCGCGUUACUACCGUAGUAGUUAUUGCGAUAUUAUGCCCGACGGCACUUGGCCGUAUUGCCGAGAAAAAAGAAUCCGACACAAAAUGGGAAACGGCCAUAAAACAAGGUAUAACGGUAAAAUAUUUAUUACGUAUCUUAAAUAAUUAUAAACUAAGAGGAUAAUCAAGGGGAAUAAAAAACUAUUACUUAAAUUGUCGAAAAAUCGUGUUUAUUUUAAGGGGCUAUUCUGGUCAACUAUCAUACGCAUAUAUACGUUUAGUUGUAUCAUAAUCACGGAAAAUCAUUUAGAAUUUAUUGAUUAUUUUAUUAUAAAUGACGCUUUACUAAAUCUUCAAACAUCAAAUUUUACUGAAGAGUGACAGAACAAUUAAAUUUUUUAUAUUAAAUUGCGGUAUACUGUAUAAUACGUCAUUUGCUGACUGCUCAUCAAAUGAUAGAAUUGCGUUUCGGAACAACGUAUUGUUAUACAUUUAUUUUGGAUAUUGACGUUUUUUAUAUUGUUUUGAAAUCUGUCUUGUGCUCGAUAUAAUAUUCGAAUAGGGCUAAAAUAAUAGGGUUCAGUGCGGUUUGAUUUAAACAAUUAGGGUUCGUGACAUCACUAAUAAUAAAUGGGUAAAUAACUCGUUUACACUUGGCUAUAAUUAUGAUAACGUACUCACUACGCAGGGUAUUUCAAAUUGUAUGUUGCAAUCAAUUUUAACAUAAAAAUCCUUAUUUUUUUCAACCUUAUGUUUGGUGGUGAAAUCACUACCAAGUUUUAAUUUUAAAUCUAUUAAACAAUUCGAUAGAUAGAUGAAAUUUUAGUUUCAUUCGUCAAAUUUACAUUUUAAUGUUGAUAUUUUUAAUUUCCGGUAACAGUAAUAUACCUAAUAGAAGAACUUGCAUAUUUUCUUUAGUUUAACACAAAAUUUCCAAUAUUGUAACACAACUAUAAAAAAAUAAAAUAAAAUGAGCAACUAAUCUCCGUCACUAAAGUUUAAUUUUCCCUCAGUCGACUUGUUGCCAUUACAAUAUUUCAUUCUUUUUUUUUUUUUUUAAUAUAAUUUAUCCAAAAUAGUUCUAGUUUUCAGAGUUACUAGUUGGUGUUAAUAAUAUUAUAUUAUAUACUUAAUUAAAUUCGAUUUUUAUUUUACUAACCAUUCUCCCCUUCCCUACUUUACGUAUACUACCCCGACUCUCUUUCAGGUAUAAAAAUUAUCCUGCGACCUUUCAAUAAGAAUAGUCUCGUAUAAAAUAUUUCAUCUGAAUAAGUAAAGUAGUUCUCGUGAUUAUUGUUAAGAUACAAAUAGCCGUUGGAGAAAGAAAGUGCAAAGUUGAAAUCCCUAAAAAGCAGAUCCCUCUGCACCGUGCAUAUACAAAAUGUCACCUCCUGGACUUUAUUUGGUAGUCUGUAUGGGUAUAUUAAGCUUAAAAACCAUCUUGUUUUCAUAAUAAUAUUAUUAAAUGUCAACCAAACUAUUAUCAUUCAAUCCACCCAUAAAACAACUCUAGUUCCUCAGUUUAAGCACAUUUGUUCCAGAAGGCGCCACUAAAAGUGUUCAAAAGUCCUGAUAAAAUAAUACAUAAAUAUGAACAACUGUGUCAUAGUCUUAAUUUUCGGGAAAAAUUCGCUAAAAAUCAUCAUUCAUGUAAAUUAAAUAUUGUGUUCGAAACGUGUUACUUAUAUAAUUAUAAUUGUUCACCGUUACUUUUUUACUUUUCCAGAAACAAUAAUUAGAAUAUUGCAUUGAGUAUUCCAAAAAUAAUUAUCACUUAAAUUGUUAUAGUGCUACUGUCACGAAUGUCACACGUCAAUCGUUAUUAUUAUUGUUAUUUUUAAACACAUUUUCAAAAACUGUGGUAUACGUGGUUUAUUCGAACACGUCCAAAAAAUCAUUGUCUCAAGUAGACCAAAAUACGCAAAUCGGUGGUAUUAAGUAGUAAAAAAAUAAAUAAAAACAAUACUGAAUACGUGUUGGAUAAAAUUCUUUUAAUUUUGUAACAAAAAUAAAGACCAACGCUAAUAACUCCGAGUUACCGAACGGUUAGAUGAAAUACAAUUCUCGUCGGACAGUCAAGUUGCCUAUAUUGUGUUGCUCGUUUCAUUCGAAGUACCGCUCUGAAUAAACAGAUUUUAUAUAAACCUAGUGCUGUCUAACGUCCAACACGCGAACUACUCGCAUACAAUAUAAUAUUAUAAAUAAUUAUUGUACGACCGGUGUAUGGUUGAUUUCAUACACUUUAUUUCAGUUCUUUUCCGAUGUACGAUAACCGAUUAUUGUAAAAAUAAAUUUUAUGAUUUUAAAUUCAGAAUGUCCAGUUAGUUCGAUUUCGAUUUAUUCUUACUAAAAGUCUAUGCGUUCAAAGGAAAUAGUAUACAUAUUUUGUAGAAAAAGUACGAUUAUAAUACAAUUGGUGUUUUUCUUUUUUUAAAGUUUUAGUGUGGACUAUUCAAAACGUGUAUUGAUGAAUUAAUAAAAUAUCCAAUUUAAUAUAAAACGUUAUUUUCAGACGAAUUUGAAGGUAUAACACUUCCAGAGAACACCGAUGUGCCGACUGUCACUCAAAUGACACCGGCGAUUGUGAAAAUCGGACAGCGCUACGGUGUUCCGUAUUGGCAGUCUUUGGGAAAGAAAAAAAAUAAACCUGGUAAUAACGCUGUAAUGAUAACAGUGCCGAUUUUACGAUAAACUCCUAUAACGGUUAGCAACCGAUGACGUAAUAUAUGAAAUUGGUUAAUGUGUAUGGGUCAUUUGGUGUAAUAUUUCAUACUGUAAGCAUAUUACUAAACUUGGUUUUUGUCAAUUCAAAGAUUCGGCAUAUCUUAAACGAGUAAUCCGGAUAAAACCUUCGGUGCCGUACAUCGAAAUAAAUUUCCCGAUUUAUUGAAGUAAACGAAUCUUAUAAUUUGAUUGUUAAUUAUUUAAAUAAUCCAUUUAAAAAUGUCGUAUUAUCCCACAGAAAAGCGCCAACUCCCCUCCUCCUCCUUAUACAUAAACAGUAUGCUAAAGAGGAUAGUUUUAACCCGAUUACGUUCCCUUGCUAUUGGAUCGGCCAUUGGUAUGAAAGAAAACACAAUCAUAUUAUGUUAAUUAAUGUCGACGUACCGCUAUCGCUUAAGUAAAUGGACAAGAAAUUGAAAUAAUUCUAAAAAACUAUAAUAAUAUUUUCGUUAAAAUCUAAAUUGAACCAACCCAGACCGUUUCCGUGAUUCGAAUCGAUCCUACUGAAAAUAGUUAAAUUUGUUGACAUUUUUCACGUACACAGAUACAAAAUAUACAAUUUACAUAAUCCGAGACGUUUAAUUGAGUUCAUGUAUUUUAGAUUCUGAGCGAAGAAGCUUAGGGUUUUACUAAGAUGUUUAUAUUUUUUUCUGUGCGCAAAUUUUCUACCAAAAGACUUGCUCGGAUUUCAACGUGUAGUACCUUUUAAGAAAGAAAAUUGGCGUGGAAAGGUACUUUAGCGAGUUUAUUUUUGAUUUUCCAAACUGUUUUCAUAAUCAAUGAGAAAAACACGGAAAUACACAGGAAAAAUGGGAAAAUAAGUACAAUAUUAAACAAAUAUUAUGAAAGAAAAUAUUUAACGCGUAUGUAAUUAUUUUAACAUAAUAUGACUAAUAUAUUGUUGACAAAGCAGACCAAAACCUUUGUAGACAAAGGUCUUUUUUUGAAAUUCUCAAGAGUUUUCUCAUCAAAUGCAAAAAACCGAAAAAGAAAAGCCGAGGAAAUUUACGAAAUAUAAUUUACAAUUUUUUUUUUCUGUGCGCAACUUUUCUACCAGCAAUUUCGCUCCAACUUUUAUUGAUAGCGAUGUUUCAAAAAGGAGGUUUCACUGGGAAGGUACUUUUAGGGGGUCAUUUUUCGAUUUUCUCAGGAGUUUUCUCAUCAAAUGUGAAAAAUCAGGAAAAACUUAGGAAAUUUGGGAAAAUCGGUACAAAAUUAAACGAAUUUUACUAUAGAAAAUAUAUCAUGCCUAUUUAAUUUUUAUUUUUAACAUAAAAUGCAUGUAUAUUAUUGACAAAGCAUCACUGUCAACUGGACUCUGUUCAGAUUUUUCGUAAACAAUGGUUUAUCGUUUCUUACAUAUAUACAUUAAAUUCCCGUUUACAUCCUACCUUCUCAACUUCCCACCUACAUCAGUGGCUGCACCGGUUUCCACUAUCUUACCUUUUUCAACACGAAUCACUACUCACGCGCACUAUAAUGAGAAAGACCACACAAUAAUGCAGAACAUAUUAAUAUUAUUAUUUUAUUUAUUGGCAAUCGCAAGACGGCCGUCGUUUUAAUGUGUAUAUCAGACAUAAACGAUGACUAUCAAAAUUAUUAUACUAUACUUAAUGUACACACUUAAUAGGUUUUCUUUUUCUCCCAUCGAAAUCUUAAUACCGGUCGACUAUUUUGUAUCAAUAAAUGAAUAAUAUGCCAGUGUACUCAAACACACCACCCGAAACUAAUACAAUAGGCAAACAAUUCUACACGAAAUACUGGUACGUUUAGAUGUGUGCUCGUGUAAAACUAACAAUGAUAUCAACAAUGUACAACAAAGUGUAGUUUAAAUUCGAUCAAUUUCAUUCACUUGUUCCGGUUUGCUUCGUCCGGGGCCUUUGGCCCAAGGAUACCAAGGAUCUAAAUUAAAUUAUUUAUUUUAAUUCGUUUACAUACGAUAGAACAUUUUUAAAAUUACUAAGGUAAUUAAUUCUCGGUACCUAUUCGUUGAUUUUAAUUGUCGAAUUUAUAUUUAGUAUUCGUAUUAAAAUGAAUAGUGAUAAUAAUGAUUAUGUUUCGAAUAAUAUUAUGAAUCUCUGUGUCAACCAAAUCAACAAUUAUCGUUCGUAACUAUGCACUUGUAACUAUAAAACGGAGGUCUGUUGUUAGUUUCUAAGGGAGAGGGGGAAGAUAAUUUAAAAAAAAAAAUAAUAAGUUCAACCUAUACUUUUAUUCGGCGUUCCGUAUUAUUUAACACGUCCAGAAUAAGACACAAAUUUAUAAAUGAACAAAUCAAUUUAUUUUCCAAAUAAAACCACAAUUAUUAUUACAAUAUUAUUUAAUUAUUUAUUUAAACGUUUCGGCGUUCCGUCUAUUUCCACUGCGCGGGCCGGAUCCGGCCCGCGCGCUACCUAUUGUCCGCGUCCGCUACACACGGACGGACGGACGGACACAGCGAUAAUAACAAGGUGUUCUAUACUCGUAUUUAGAAACCGAGAACCUAUAGCGUUUCGGGUUUUUUCUGUUUUUACCCACUUGUUAUGCCCGCCAACCCGUUCGAUAAAUGUUUGAAAUCGAACCGUUUCCGUAAAACGCGUCGAAAAACGAUAAAUCAUCGAGCCGUAAUAACAUAUAUUUCUAAUACGAUUUUUGUCUGUAAAUCGUUUUUGUCGCUCGAUUCGUUGUCUCUGCGUUUUUCGAAUCACUGCCGAUAAUUUUACUCGUAAUCAGUGUUCGGAUUUUAUAGCGUUGGAAAUGUGCUGAGACGUACGCUCGACACGAGCCGGAUUUCCGCGAGAAAUCAAAAGCGUCGGCAUAAUCAUUUUUGAAUUGAAAAUGAUUUCAACAAAUAUUGUAAACUACCGUGUUCGAUAUAACCCAACGCAAACACCGCUAUAUUCAUUUACAUUUCAAACAGAAACGGUGAUUUCCCGUCGGCCUUUUCGGAAUCGAUCCGCGAUUUUUUCCCUCCGAAAGCUGUUCGGCGGCCGCGCGUAGCAACGGCAAACGAGAUGACAGCGGCGAUAUUAUUGUUUUCCAGAUAAAAACGACGGUGUGACGGAUCACAUGAUGAUCAUGUCGGGCGGCACGUUGAUGUCGCUCGGCGUGUUCGCGAUGAUCGUGAUGGCCGGCAAGGCCUUGCUGCUGGCCCUCGGCGCCGUCCUGUUGACGUGCUUGAGCUCGGGCUGGACGGGCGGCGGCGGCGGCGGCGGCGGCGGCUACAGCAAGUCGUCGGAGAGCGCCAGCACCGUCUACGAGGUGAUCGCCAAACCGCAAAUAUCGCACGGUCACAGCUAUUCGUCGGAAGUGCACCACGAGCCGUACUCGCCGACGUCCUCGCUCCAAGGCUAUUACAGUGCCGGCUAUUACGGGAACCGACGCCGCCGCCGCCGCCGCCGCCGUCGGUGA